GUUUUUUUCAAACCUAUGGCAAUUAAUUAAAAUAAUACACUAAGUAGGUUGCCUCUUAUGUUUCGGGUUUUGGCAACUCUAGCGUUGCAAUGUGGCAACUCACAACUUUAUUCUCAAUUGUAAUAUUUUCGAUGCUAUGCAUACUCAGAACAUUUUGCCAUUCAAACGAUAUUUGUGUUGUUUACAGUUACUUCAAAUAUUCGUUUUGGCCAAAAAUGGAAUUAAAUCGCGAACAUUUUUGAAGCUACUAUUACAAUUUACAAAAUUCGACCUGGAUUAACUCAGCAACAGUGCAUCCAUGAACUUAAUUCAAUUUCUAGCGAUGAAGCUCCUUCAACAAUCAAUGUUUAUCAAUCGUACGGUGAAUUCAAUCGAGCUCCAUUUGUUGUUUCACCGAAUCACUUUGAGUAAUGUUACCACCACUUGGCCCAAUACCCUGCAAUUUGAGCUGCCCGAAUUGCUCCAAACAAGUGACAACGCGUAUGGAAUACAGAUCUUCGACAAAGUCACAUAUUAUUGCUUUACUACUCGCUGGAAUGCUCUGCCUGCCUUGCGCCUGCGCUGUGUACUGCACGGAUUGCGCACGAAAUGUGGAGCACUACUGCCCAUCUUGUAAUGCCUUUUUGGGUGUAUAUGAUCGCUGAGUUGAUUUUGAUAAAAUGCUAAAGUAAAUUUUAGCUAAGGAGGAUAUUAAACGAAAUUGGAAAUUUGAACACAAAAUCUUUUGUCAUCAAAAA